AUGCGUGUCUCACUAGCUUCUAUUUUCUUGGGCAUGUCAUGUCUUGCACAUGCCCACUCAUACGCUGUGACUACAUACGCUCCUGUGCCUUCAACAGCCAUUGGCCCUCCUGUCAAUGACGAAGGAUACCGUGUGCAAUCGCUUGGAGGAGGAGCAUAUUUGCUCGCCGAUGGUACAUACCAAUCUUUGUUCUUCGUCACUCCCAAAAGCGUUAUUAUGGUCGAUGCACCGCCGACUACGGGAGAAAACAUCCUUGCCGCAAUUCGAUCGGUAACACACCUGCCAAUCUCGCAUCUUGUCUACAGCCACUACCACGCCGAUCACAUCGGAGCAGCAUAUCUUCUCGCCAAGAAGGGCGUUACCAUCAUUGCCCACGAAUUGACCGAGUACGAACUCAAGAUUACACCUGAUCCAAACCGGCCGCUGCCCCAUGUCACUUUCAAGGGCUCCCACACCUUGCACAUCGACAACCAGACUCUUCAGCUGGACUACCAUGGCCCUAUCCACGCUCCCGGAAAUCUUUUCAUCUACGCGCCAAAGCAAAAGAUUCUCAUGCUCAUCGACCUUGUCUUCCCUGGUUGGGUACCUUUUGCAAACCUAGCAGAAGCACAAAAUGUCGGCAUGUUCAUCAAAGCACACGAACUGAUCUUGGAAUACGACUUCAAAUACUACAUUGGAGGGCACGUUAACCGUCUCGGGGAUCGCAAAGAUGUUCUUAUUCAACAAGAAUACGUGCAAGACGUAUACAACAAUGCCCGCACGGCGAUUCUUCUCAGCAACAGCCCUCCUAACGCAACAAACCCACUGUCAAUUGGUACCAUUCUAGGGCCCAUCCAGGAAGCUAAUCCAAACAAUACAUGGGCAUCGUUUAUUGGGUAUGUCGAUACUCUUACAGAGUAUUGUGCGAAUGUGACGACCCAGAAGUGGCUGGGUAAGCUGGCAGCUGCAGAUGUGUACACACUCUCGCACUGCGAAACUAUGGUGGAAUCGUCUCGCAUCGACUAUGGCUAUUUAGGCCCAUUUGGUGUUCAGGGUUGA